ACAGACGAGGGGCGUUUAUUUAUUUAUUUCUAUGUGAUUGAAGGUGUCGCCACGUUUUUGAGACUAUCCGGGAGGGAGACGUUCUGAUUUUGGGGAGUCUAUCAUCCCCGCUGUCUGGGUCCUGUGUGUAAUAUUUGUGUUGUGGAGAAAUGACCAGGCAGGAGACGGGAGUACAGUUAGUUUUCGUUUAGUCAAAACCCCUCGUGCUCUACAGUUCCCGGCACCCUAGUGCGCAUGUGCAUUUCCUAUUAGGUGUAGUAACGUAACACUGCCGUAAUACAUUACUGCUUAGUAACAAAUAUAAACAGAUGCAGAUCCCAGAUACUACACUGUGCUACUGCUUCGUUGUUUUUAAAUACCAUAGAAUUUGUUGCCUCGGCUCUCUGCUGCCUAGCUAUUUGGCCAAGUUAAAUGUAUAAAUCGCCAUUCAUUUAAGUGGUCCCUCCUAUCUCUUGCCAUACUGCAUCUUUUGAUCUCACCUCUGGUUGUACGAUGAGCAUAGCUGAGAAGGACUAUCAUAGAAUGAAAUCGGGAGAGUAGAACGACAAUUUAAUUUGUGUGAUGCCUAUACUAUAGCGACAGCUGGAUUUAAGACGAGAUUUUUAUUUGUCCUGCAGGAAGAGAGAUUAGCUUGUGCAGUCGUACUGGCGGGAGAUGGAUGGCGUCACCUCUGUCCCAUACAGUCUGUGUGAGUGUCUACUACAGUAGGAGAGAUGAACGACAUAUUUUAUAACACAGUGGGGAAAGAUAUGCACCGUUUAAUGGUAGAUUAUCUGUUGAGCCACACAGCAGGCAGAAAGAAAACUAUACUGGCUGCAUUUGAGAUGAUCUCAGACUGGACGUGUAUGCGCUUCUAUAAAUACAUCAAUGAGAUGAACUACAUAUAGAUCCUCUCUGGGAGAGGGUGAGUCCAGAAGACUGAUACAAAGUGGGAUCAUUAACAGCAUUUUCUACGUUCCAGCAGUUUACAAUUAACUCACAACUUCCCCCUAUCUUUCCUCCUACGUUCACGCUUUUCCUUUUUCACUCUCUCCUGUCCUUCUAUCCCCUCUCAUUUCCGUUUCUCUCCUUCCCCUCUCAUUUCCACUUCUCAUGUCCUCUUUCUUCACUGACGCCUCUAGCUAUGUGUCGUAUGUAGGUUUUCAGGGCGGGGCCCAGCCUGUGUACUUCGUUGGUACCUGUAUGGCGAGGAACCUGUGCCAUGAGCUGCUGCACACCCUGGGCCUGCACCACGAACACACACGGUUGGACCGUGACCACUACGUCACCAUACAGUGGGGGAGCCAGGAAAAGAGAAGAACUUCCAAGGUGAAGAAAGGAGACCCUCAGAACCUGCCCUAUGACUACAAUUCCAUCAUGCAAUAUGGACCGUAUUUCUUCUCAGCAGACUGGAACCCCACCAUUGUCCCCAAGAAGAGUGGAGUCCAUAUGGGACAGAGAACUGACCUGCGGUCCCUGAACAUAACAUGCUAGGUCCCGGGCACGAACCAGGGACCCUCUGCACACAUCAACAACUGACACCCACGAAGCAUUGUUACCCAUCGCACCACCGCUAACUAAGCUAGCCGUUUCACAUCCGUUACACUGACACCCAACUGUUCCCCUUGCAGAGCAAGCCAUUUCACAUCGGUUACAUAAGGUCUACCUGUUGUAUUCGUCGCAUGUGACUAAUAAAAUUUGAUUUGAUGGAUUUAUUUCAAUUCCCGGAUUUCCUUACAUGAACUGUAACUCAGUAAAAUCUUUGAAAUGCUUGCAUGUUGCAUUUAUAUUUUUGUUCAGUAUAUUUUAUAUACCCAUCGAUUCUUGAAGAAUAUAACUUGUGCUUGUCGUGGAAAUUGCAAGAUUAUGUUAUAAUGCUUGUAUUGCAUUUUAAUGGUUGUUUUACUCGACAGAAUAGACUGUUCUGUUAACUAUUGUGUGUGUGUGUUCUACUGAGGAGGGCCUCUAUGAGAUAGCACUGACAGAGGAGAUUUACGAUGUCUUUGGAUGAUAAAACCUAAAGAGCAUUCCAGAUAACAUGAGGUAAUGUUUUUGUGCUAUACCGUACCAGGGUGAGACGGUUCCAGUUUGGAGUAGGAGGACCAGACACUGGUCUGUCUAUACAAUGAAAACUGUUGACACAGUAGUUGCUGUCUGCUAUGUAUUAUAGAUACCUUUCAUACAAAUCUUAACCUUGUGACCAUUCUAUGUAUCUGUUGUAGAUUGCGAGGGGUUUAUCUUGGCUAUAAAAGAUCUUUGUACUUUUGUGUUGUCACUUUCAAUGGUUCAUUAGAAAUGGUGCAUCAUUGAAAGUCAUUGCUAAUGCAACGGUUUUAUUAUUAAAGAUGUAGUUUAAGUAUAA